AUGAAUGGCAAGAAGGGUAGUAUAAGGAUAGAUAUUUGCCAGCCACCAAAAAGCGUGGAGCAAGAAAGUGUAAAGAAGCAGAUCAGUGAGAAAGGCCAGUCCCCAAGUAAAAGGCUAUGUGAUGUCUGGGACUUCGCUAGGCAGGACACAAACAGGGUUACCUUUGCACUCAAAGUUGGCCUUGCUUGCCUCCUUGUGUCACUUCUCAUACUCUUUCGUGCGCCCUAUGGCAUCUUUGGGACUAACAUCAUAUGGUCCAUCCUCACUGUUGCUAUUAUGUUCGAGUACACUAUCGGUGCAACAUUCAAUCGUGGAUUCAAUCGAGCUCUUGGAAGUGUACUUGCUGGAGUAUUUGCGAUAGUCAUUAUUCAAGUGGCUAUGUCUUGUGGCCACACUGCAGAACCAUACCUCAUUGGUUUCAGCAUCUUUCUUGUUGGAGCUGCAACAUCCUUUAUGAAGUUAUGGCCAUCACUAAUUCCAUACGAGUAUGGUUUCCGAGUUAUCCUAUUCACCUACUGCUUGAUCAUUGUAUCGGGAUACCGUAUGGGAAACCCCAUCAGGACUGCAAUGGAUAGACUCUGCUCAAUUGCAAUUGGAGCCCUCAUAGCUGUUCUUGUGAAUGUCACCAUUUACCCAAUCUGGGCAGGGGAACAACUACACAUGGAGUUAGUUGCCAAUUUCAGUUCUCUGGCAGACUCGUUAGAAGAGUGCGUCAAAAAGUAUCUAAGCGGCGACGUUUCCGAACAUCCUGAUUUCUCAAAGACAGUCAUGGAUGACUUCCCUGAUGAACCAGCAUUCAGGAAGUGCCGAGCUAUGUUAAAUUCAUCAGCAAAACUUGACUCGCUGGCGAACUCUGCUAAGUGGGAGCCACCACAUGGGAGAUUCAAACACUUCCUCUACCCAUGGGCAGAAUAUGUGAAAGUUGGCAAUGUUCUUCAGUACUGUGCCUAUGAGGUGAUGGCUUUACAUGGCUGCCUGCACUCAGAGAUUCAGGCACCAUACAACCUAAGAUGUGCUUUCCGCUCUGAGAUCUUAGAUGCCACAAACCAAGCUGCAGAGUUGCUGCACAGUUUGGCAAAGGAUGUAAACAACAUGAAGUCAAGCCUUCAAACAAGCCUACUCAAGCAUGUGCAUGUCUCAACUGAGCGUCUGCAACAAUCAAUUGACCUGCAGUCCUACCUCUUUACUGUAAAUCAUGAAGCCAACUCUGCCAAGCCACAGUUGAAAACCUCCUGGGCUGUCACUUUCAACCUCAACAGCAAACAAAAUGAUGACCCAGAAAGUAAGAUGGCUGAAAACAUAGCAACACAAGUAGCUGGGCCACUGCAACCUGAAUCCUACCAUGAGAUGAUGAAAAGGCAGCAGAGGAGGCUGCAUUCAUGGCCUUCUCGGGAGGUGGAUGAUUUUGAAGAUGAUGAAAAUGACGUUUCUGAUAUGAUUCCGAGGAUGCGUGCACUUGAAAGUACCACAGCGCUGUCGCUUGCGACUUCCGCAUCGCUACUGAUUGAAUUCGUUGCUAGGCUUGAUCAUUUGGUUGAAGCUGUUGAGAAGCUCUCCCAGAUGGCCAGGUUCAAGCAGCAGACUGGAACCUAA